AUGGGAAAUUCAUUAGACAAUAAGCCAAUAAACGGCAAAGUGUUCAACAGCUAUAGGUACAUUGGUAAGUUAGAUAGCGAAAAUGAACCCAAUGGAAAAGGGCUCAUUUUACAUAACUCAGGGGAAUCAUUUUAUGGAUUCUUCUUAAACGGAAAGAAAAAUGGUAUGGGAAUAUACUUAGAUAAAAAACUAACAAAAUAUAUAUGCUACUGGAAAAAUGAUAAGGUUCAUAAGGAAUUAAAAAUACAACCCUUCAAUGUGAAUAAAGUCUUUGUCUUCAUAUACAAUAAUGAGAUUAUCGAAGCAUGUGAAAUUUAUCGUCAUGUUCGCCGUGCUAAACAGGGAUUGAGUAAAACACAAAACAGAGAAAAUGUUAAAGAGGACUUUAUAACCAACUCAGACAAAUCGAAUGAACUCAAUUAUUGCACUAGUCGUUGUAGUAGGAAUCGUUAUACUCUGCAACAUGAUAAACUAGGAGAUGCAUCUACUCCAUCGAUAGUAAAACAGAAUCAUCUAGCUAUAUCACGUAGAAACCGAAAGGAUAGAUGCACAAGUAGCGAGAAUGAUAAUAAAGCAGAUAAUGACAUCGAAAAUGACCUUAAUCAUGAGUUACAUAACGAAUCAGAUGAUGAGUCGAAUCACACAUUAGAAGCGCUUACGAGAAAAAGAAUAGAUGAAAAAAUAAAAAAAAGUAAAAUUCAGAAAAACAUUUUCUACACAUCAUCCGAUUCUUCUACCCAGUCCAUGGAAUCCAAUUUCAUAAAAACGAGAAAUAUAAAAAAUUCAUGCAAAAACAAAGAUUAUUAUAGCAUUCAGAGUUAUAAUCAAAUAAUAACAUCCGAUAUAUCAUCAGAAAAAGAAGAGAGAAAAACAAAACAUAUGAUAAAGACAUUAAGAAAGAAAAAUAAUAAUAGUCUUAAAAUUGAAAAUUAUGAAUUGUGGUCAAGGCAACAAGUGGCUCAAUGGCUAUCCCUUUGUAAUGUCCCCAUAAAAUGGAUUACUGCAAUUUACAAAAAUAAUGUUAAUGGAUGUAUGCUUGAUCACAUUAAUAUACACAUUAUUAGAAAUGAAUUCGGAAUACUUCCAUAUGGCCAUGCAAUUAAACUUUUGCAACUAAUUAAAAAUCUGAGGGUAAUGGCGUACAACAAGAGGUUCGCUCGAUGUGUCAACAUACAAGAAUGUGAACAUUUUCUGAGGAAAAGAAAAAAAAAAAAAAAAAAAAAAAAAAAAAAAAAAAACAUCCAUUCAAGUCGUAGCAUAAACCAAACGGACAAGAUUCACCAUGUGCAUCAACAAGUCUUCACGCGCCAAGACUCCUCCACCUGUAGCAUAUUCCAUAACGAACACGGAAAAAAUGAACCGAAUCAACCGAAUCAACCGAAUCAACCGAAUCAACCGAAUCAACCGAAUCAACCGAAUCAACCGAAUCAGCCGAAUCAACCGAAUCAACCGAAUCAGCCGAAUCAACCGCAUCAACCGGAUAAACCGAAUCAACUGGAUGAAUCGAAGGGAGGACACGCAAUUACUCUCUCAAAGAAGAUACUGACCAAGGAAGAUCCUUCUCGUGAUGCGCAUGAUCCCAAUUCGUCCACAUCCACCACAUCUACCACAUCUGCCACGUCCUUCAAUUCUGUUCAUAACUCGGAGGAGGGGAAACAAAAGGGGAGGUGGAACAAAGGGAUGCCCAUCGCAAGUAGUGCCCUUGAUGAGAAAAGGGAAGAGUGGUUAGAUGCUUCUAGGGUGGUAGAACCACACAAAUAUGAAGAAGUAUCUCACAAAUAUGAAGAAGCACCUCACAAAUAUGAAGAAGCACCUCACAAAUAUGAAGAAGCACCUCACAAAUAUGACGAAACAAGCCAAUGGGAGGAGGAGAAACUGAAAAGACCAAUUGACACUCGUCGGGAAAUGAAAAAACAAGUGCGAAGAGAUAAAAAAAAAAAAAAAGAAAAGUUUAUCCGCAACUUUCAUGAAAAAUUCUCCCUAAUAAAUAAUUUUUCAAAUGGACUUAUCGUGAAUAAAUCUAGUCUUAACUCAGGAGUUGAGUCUGACACAGUCACACCAGAUACUGGAAAUGAUGACUCACUUGCAUCCCCGUCAUUAUCUCCCUUUUCUCUUACCACAUCAUCCUCUACAUCUAAUUUCUCGAAUAUCACUUCUUCAUCAUCCGAUGGAAUUGCUGCUUCAUAUAACUUGAAGAUGUCAAGCAUGUUAAAUUGUGAAGGAGUCUCGAAAGAGGAUCAUAACACUUCUAACCACUUAAGUGGAAUAGGGAUUAAGAAAGUGAAGAAGAAAUCAUCCGACUUUGAUGUUUCCACUUCUUCCACUUCCUCCGCUUCUCCCUCUACUUCCUCCGCUUCGUCCUCAUCUUACUUCUCCAACAGAACAGCCAACUCACCGUUUUAUGGAAGGAGUCAAAUAAUAAAGUACCCGAGCAACAUCUACAUGAACAGCAACCUAGCAUUUUCCUACCUGUACAGUUUCAUAAUACCACAUGAAGAUUUAACGUUCAUACAACCAAUUCAAAAUUAUUAUAAAAUUAGAACACCUAGAUGUAUAGAAAUUAGUCCAAAGAUGAUGGAAAUGGAUAAAGAAAAUUAUAUGAACGAAGAAAGACUUAAGUCCUGUUUAUCAGAUGAUAAGUUGAAUAAAUAUAAAAAAAUGAAUGGAAAAUUAUCGAAAUAUAAAAAAUUAAGAAGUACAACUUUUAUAGGCAAAUAUUUAGGGAAACAUGUAGCUAUUAAAGUGUUAGUAGGGAAAAUAAAAGAUUUUUAUAAAUUACACAAAAUUUUUUAUAAAUUACAUAAUUUGAGACAUCCAAAUAUUAUUUUAAUAAUGGGAAUUUCUAUUCGAUAUCCAUUCCUUUUUAUUGUUUAUGAGUAUUUGAAAAAUUCUUGUCUCUUCUCUUAUUUACAUUGUGAGCCAUACACACAUGAUUAUUCAACAAAAUCCUGGACACGCCAAGAAGACAGGGGUAAUUUUGAUUCAAGAAGACGAACAGCAGUUCACACGCGAAGCAACAUCAUCAGGAGGGAUACAUCAACAGCGAGUUCAACUAGCGAUAGCUCAAGAAGUGGCAUCUCUAGAAGUGAUAACUCCAGAAGUGACAUCUCCAGAAGUGACAUCUCCAGAAGUGACAACUCCAGAAGUGACAACUCCAGAAGUGACAACUCCAGAAGUGGCAACUCCAGUGGAGGGAUACCCCAUGACAAGCGAAACAUAUACAGCUUAUUCAAAUAUGAAAACAACUUAUUUUGUGGUGUGUACGCAAACAAUAUGAAAGUCGACAUGAGAGAGAAGAAGUUAGAUCCUCGCCCUACUGAUAACAAAAUAACAAUGACUCCUACCACCAAUUUGGAAGGAAAUUCUCAUACAUGUGUAAAUGAAAUGAAAGAAUGGAUGCAGAACACACUCAAUGAACCGAACGCGAAUAGGAAGAAAAAAUACCCUAAAGACAGAAAUGAAAAAAUAAAAGAAGAAAAAAAAUUACACUCGAAAUUAUUUUUAGAAAAUAAAAUUUUCUUGAACGAACCAUACACAUUUCCUCCAUUUGAGAAAGAACUGACUUCAUAUUUAAAAAAUCAAAAAAAAAAAAAAAAAAAAAAAAUCCUAUUUAGCUACCCCCAAACGCAUUUACAUUUUAAUUAUCAACAAAGCACUACCAAAGCAGAUAGACCAUUAAGUAUCCAACGGAUAAUCAAAAUUAUAACGGAUGUAACUUUAGCAUGCUCCUAUUUGGAAAAGAAGCUGACGCACCCACUGAACCUGAAGCCAACGAACAUCCUCCUGGAUGAAACAUUGAAUGCAAAAGUGACGGAUUUUGGAAUACACGAAAUUGAAAAAUGUUUGGAUAUGAAUAUAGAUCACUCUUAUGUUAUUUAUGCAAAUAAUUUAAUAAAAUUUGAUAAAGAAUUUAUAGAAAAAGGUGUACAGAAAAUGGAAUAUAUUCCUACUCAGUGUAAUGGAGUUUUAUAUGUUUAUGAUUAUGAAAACAAAGUUCAUAUGUACAACACGGAGCUAAUCGUGUCUUCUCCGAGCAGUUUAUAUUCUUCCGUUUUCUUUUGGACCCCACCGGAGAUAAUGCGAGGAAAGAAAGAAAAAGGCUUUCAUGCUGAUAUCUAUGCACUUGGAAUCAUUUUCUGGGAAAUGCUAACUCAUAGUAUCCCCUUUAACUAUACUUUCAAAUCACAUUUGGUGGCCUCUGUCGGAUAUGCUAAAGAAGAAUUGUCCUACAAAAAUAUACCCAAUCCAAUUCAAGGGUUAAUUAAAGCCUGCUUACAUAGGAACAAACGCAAAAGACCCACUUUUCAGCAAAUUUUAAUGCAGCUACCUGGAUUAUUUGAAAAAGUAAACAACAAAGCUGAAGAUGCACUUAUGUCCUUCAUGAAUGGAAUUUAA